AUGCUAUCAUUCCGAUCGGUUAGACGACGCGGAUGGGGCCUUUUUCUUAAAAGUAUUUUAAUUGUUUGCUUGUUUGUUAUUUUCAUUCAAAUCACAUCAUCACACCCUAGAGGCGUUACUUAUCAGCAAGAUGAACAGGUUCUUGAGAAAGUCGAGAGUUAUGCUCACCUUCCUGCCGAACAAAAGAGCAUCCAGCAUGUUGAUGGAAAAAUAGAAAUCUCUCAAGUUCAACAUGUGGAAAAGAAGCUCAAAAAACCAAGAGAGAAUGAAUUUUAUGAAAAUGUUAUUGUACAUUUUGAUCUGAAAGGAGCGCCGCCCAAGGUUCCAUACUUCAAGCAGCUUCUGAAUCUCGUUGCCAAAGCUGGAGCAACUGGAGUUUUGAUCGAAUGGGAAGAUAUGUUUCCAUGGAAAGGAAAGCUGGAAAUAGCGAAAAGUACAGAUGCUUAUUCUUUGAAUGAUGUACGAGAAAUAUUGUCAGAGGCAACCACAUUGGGCCUGGACAUCAUUCCGUUAGUACAAACGUUUGGACAUUUAGAAUGGGUCUUGAAGCUGGAUGAAUAUAAGCAUCUACGAGAGAAUGAAGCUUAUCCCCAGGUUUUAUGUCUGGGAGAUGAGGAAGGAGUCGAUAUUGUCAAAGAUGCUUUGAGACAAGUUAUAGAAGUUCAUUCCGAGUAUGGCAUCCCAUAUUUUCAUAUUGGAGCUGAUGAAGCUUUCGAGUUUGGCGUUUGUCCUAAAUCACAGCAAUGGAUAUCAAAGCAUGGUUCCGAUGGUGGAAGACAAACAUUAGCUCUCAGUCAUCUUAAAACUAUUGCUCAACAUGUGAAAUCACUUACUAAUACAACUGUGCUUGCAUGGCAUGACAUGUUGAAAGAUUUCGAUGGAAGAUUGAUCAAGAAACUAGAAUUGUUCAAAUUCAUACAGCCAGUUGUGUGGGAUUAUUCAGAGAAUAUAGUUACUAUGAAUGAUUGGAGUUUCUCGACUCUAGCUGAUAAUUUCCCCAUAAUAUGGGCUUCGUCUGCUUAUAAAGGAGCUAAUUUCCCGUCAGCCAAAUACAUUGAUAUUAGACAUUAUGAAACAAAUAACCGCGCUUGGAUCAAUACCAAACAGACUCAACAAAGAAAAUUCCGUAAAUUUGGUGGAAUUAUAAUCACUGGCUGGCAAAGAUAUGAUCAUAUGGCUGCUUUAUGUGAAAUUCUUCCAAUGGGAACACCAUCUAUGGUUCUACAAAUCCAAAUAGCAUUGUUGGGUUCUACUGGGAAUACUAACAUGGCUAGAACGAAAGCUGCUCAGAUUCUUGGCUGUUCAGGCUUUGAUGUUCAUGAGUUGAACAUCAUUAGUAAUUCGUGUAACUUCCCUGGUUCCCUGGUGUAUAUGCUAUUCCAAGGAACUGCUAGGCAAACAAUAGAUCAUGUAGAAGGAGAGUUAGGUAGAAAUCACCACAUCAUGGGAUGGUUGUCUCCCUAUAGUAUGCGUCAUAAUUAUUCCCAAAAUUGGUAUCUGAAGCAGAUUGAACCGACAGUCAGCAACUUGUUCUCACAAUUGCAGAACGUUGAGGAUAAUCUGAGACGGGAAAUGUCGAAGUUGUUCUUUGAUAAUACAAUUGAUGAAUUCCUGUACAUCACUAUGGGACCUACAACAGACAAGAUGAAGAACAUGGUCUCUGAAACAAAACGUUUACAACGGUUACGAGUUUAUCCUAAAAGGCAUUUCCCUAUUGUACGCAAAGUAGAGUUGUAG